GCCCCGCCGCGCCGCGCCUGGCUGAGCCGAGCCGAGCCGAGCCGAGCCGAGCCGCGGCGGCCGCUGCUGCUGGGGCUGAGACAAGAUGGCGGCCCCGGGCGAGUACUUCAGUGUGGGCAGCCAGGUGUCGUGCCGCACCUGCCAGGAGCAGCGCCUCCAGGGCGAGGUCGUCGCCUUCGACUACCCCAGCAAGAUGCUGGCGCUCAAAUGCCCCUCUUCCAGUGGAAAGCCUAACCACGCAGAUAUCCUGCUUGUAAACUUACAGUAUGUUUCAGAAGUGGAAAUAAUUAAUGACCGCACGGAAACCCCUCCUCCUUUAGCUUCACUCAAUGUUAGCAAGCUUGCCAACAAAGCACGGACGGAGAAGGAAGAGAAGCUGAGCCAGGCAUAUGCAAUUAGUGCUGGUGUCUCUCUGGAAGGACAGCAGCUCUUCCAGACUAUACAUAAGACCAUUAAAGACUGUAAAUGGCAGGAGAAGAACAUAGUUGUGAUGGAAGAAGUUGUUAUUGCCCCUCCGUAUCAAGUGGAAAACUGUAAAGGCAAAGAGGGAAGUGCGCUGAGUCACGUACGCAAAAUAGUCGAGAAACAUUUUAGAGAUGUGGAAAGCCAAAAGGUAAUGCAACGUUCACAAGCACAGCAAACACAGAAGGAAACCUCCCUGUCGUCCUGAGUCCCACCCUCCGAGCGCCGGGGACUCUGCCACCACCCAGCAGGAGACGUCGACUUCUUCAGCGGAGGCCGGGGCGGGAGGGCGGGGGUUCAGUUUUAUUUCCUUUUGGGCUCGUUAAUGGGGAGCUCACCGAUUCCAAACCUUAGACUUUAAAACAAGCGAGAAAAGAGAAUAAUUUAAAAGCUCAUGCAUUACUUGACUAACAGACUUUCUUUUGUCCGCCAUGUUUUCUUUCCUAUGAGCCAGUCAGACUUUGUUAGUUUUAUUUUUUGACGUUUCUUUCCUUUCUUCUCCCCUUACCGAGAAACCCUCCCCCCCCUUUACUUUUCUAAAGGGGGGUUGUCACCCCGUCCCACCCUCUGUCCUCCCUCUUUGCCUGUCUGUAACAUAGGAGAAUCUCUCCCUUGCCCAUCCUAUCCCCAGAAAACCCCUCUUAAAAAAUAAAAGUAACAAGCUGACUGAGGUAACUGAAUCGGGACCUUUGUGACCAGCACGGUCUCGUUUUAAUUUUGUUUGCACAGGGCAAGGCUUGAAUUAGUCUUAUUUUUCUUAUCUUUAAAUAUAUAUAUGAAUAUAUAUUAAAAUGUUCUUUAAAUAUUUUCUGCUUCUAGCAGUUCUCUCGACCAGGAUCAUGGCAAAAAAACCCCACCCCGACCCAAAGAAACCCUCUGAUCCUACCAGCCCUCCAGUCCGAGGGGUUCCCCCCCCCCCCCCCCCCCGGUCCUUGGGACUCUGUGCAGAGCUGGAAGGGGUUUUUCAGUGUGGGAUUUUUGCAAGGGGGAGGCGGCCCGAGGCCACGGUGUCUUCCUGGGGGGGUCACUGUGCGCCCAGCGGUCUGGAGCUGCCCCCUUUCGUGGCAGCGCUGGUGGCACCGUGACCCCCCCCCCACCCCCGGGGCGGCCGGCGGGCCGGGCCGGGCCGCGGCUCGGGGGAGCCCCAAGUGCCUUUGCGGACGCCCCGCGGCGGGGGGCUCGGAGCCGCGGCGGGCGGCAGCACCCGCUGCCCCAGGGCUUCGCCGGCUGCGCAGGCCGGCGUGGGGCGGGAGCUGGGCGAGGGCCUGUUAUUUCCCCCUUCUUUUUGUUUUUUUUUUUGUUUUCUUGUUUUUUCUUUUUUUUGCCAUGAUCCUCCCUCCCCCUUUACCUUUUUUGUUUUGUUUUUUAAAAUAAAUGGAUCAAAAUCAAAUAAUUCAAGCCCUGCCUUUAGAAGAAGAAAAAAAAAAGGAAAAUUUUUUAGUAUUGUUUAGCAAAACAAUAAAACCCGAAAUUUUU